GCUCCGGUUAAGUUUCGGUUUCCAAUCAUCAGAAACGAUACCGUACUUCCUGGAGCAGGGAGGGCUCUGGACUCCACAGUGUCCGCCUUGUUUCCUUUGACAUUGGAAGGAAACAAGGAAAGAGCAGGGCCGACACCAUGGACUCCGAAAUAUUGAAGUUCAUCUGCGACAAUCAAGGAGCAGUCGACACCGAUUAUUUGAUGUUUAAUCUCGGCUCGGGCGAAGCUAUUAAUGACGUCAUCCGUAACCAGGAGAAAUUCGCUAUGUGUUGUCCCUUCGGGCAGCCGAAGGUGGUGGCCAGGACCGAGCUGAAGAUGUGCAGAGUCCGAGAUUGCGAGUGCUUCUGCGGCGCGCUUCACCUGUGUAAAAGGUUCCUGUUCACCGGAUCCUGUCCGCUCAGUCAUGGCAGGAUGGGAGCCAAAUUCUCCCAUCAGCUGGACUCCGAUCACAACAUGCCGUUGCUGAGGAGCCAUGACCUGCAGAGUCUUAACCUGACUCAGCUGCGCACGCUGCUGCUGCAGAGUGACAACUGGCUUCUGCCUUCCAUAUGUCGCAAUUACAACAAUGGCGGCGGGGAGUUCGGCCUGUGUGGGGAUGGCCCUGGUUGCAAGAGACUGCAUAUCUGCGAGAAGUACAUGAACCGCGACUGCAGCUGUGUCAAGAACCAUGAUUUUAAUGCUCCCCAGCCACACAAGAGCCUGCAGGAGAGAGGCAUACCUGACGACCUCAUUCCCUCCCUGAGGUCCAUUUAUGGUAAUAUGUUGGCUAUGAAGUACAUUGACAGAAAGGGCGAUAGGGGCAACUCCUCCACUGUCGAUGAUUGGAGCGGCGGCGAUGGUGGGAAUUCAGAGCAGAGCCAAGGGUACAGAGGGAGAGGUGGUUACCGAGGCAACAGAGGCAACGGAGGGAACAGAGGCAACAGAGGCAACAGAGGCAACAGAGGCAAUAGAGGCAAUAGAGGGAAUAGAGGCAACAGAGGCAACAGAGGCCAGAGAGGUUGCAGCGCAAACAGAGGAGACCAUGGCAACAACCUACUGCGGCAGGAAACCUCUUCCCCCGAUGACAUCAGCGAUGACCUCGACUUUGACGAUUUGGAUCUGUACAGCGAAGAUGGAGCGAACAAUGUUCGGCAGCCGCUUCACUUCUUCGCCAGGGAGAACUCCGACGAUGCUCAGAACAGAAAAGCCAGAGGGCGCGGCGAACAACGGGGCAGCCAUGUCAACUCCACUGCCGACAUCCCGGGGGCCGUCAAGGGCGAUGCAAAGGGGGCCAGCGGUCCGGGUGGACAGCAGAGGCCAAGACCCGUGAGAGAUAAAACGGAGAUAUGCUUGUACUUCGUCAAAGGACGCUGUAUACACGAUGACGAGCGCUGCUUUAAAGUGCACGUCAAGAUGCCGUACAAAUGGGAGGUCAGAGAGGACGACAGGUGGACCGCCUUACCUGAUAAUGAGGCCAUCGAGAAGGACUACUGUGACCCUGAAAAAACAUACAGUUGCGGCAUCACACCAGUGCAUUUUGACACGAUGACCCGCGGUUCGGACAAAGUGCGGCGACUCUCCACCCCAAACUCUUUGCUCGAGCCGACCUUCCUCCUCACCACUGAGUGGGUUUGGUACUGGGAGGAUGAGUUGGGGAAGUGGAACAUUUACGCUUCAGCUGGUGCUGGACGCAGUGUGGCAGCGGACAUGGACAGCUCUACUCUGGAGCGGAAGUUUCUGAGCAAUGACAAAGACGUGGUGAACUUCACCGCCGGUUCACAGUCAUACUCACUCAGCUUCCAGGACAUGAUGCAAACAAACACGCAGUACAAAACCCAGAGGCUCGUGAAAAGACGGCCCAAGUUUGUUUCCGCAGCCGAUGUCCAAACACAGAGAGUGAGAAGGCCAGCUGUUCAACCGACUUUCAGCACCAUCCCCAAAAACUGGGACAAGACGCAGAUUCCAGAAACAGGAUACAAGCGAGUCCCCCUGCUGCGCCUCUCGGAGGACUUUAAGGAGCUUGAGAGUCUUUUCUGUAAAACUAUGAGAGGCUUUGACAUUGUGAAAAUAGAGAGGAUUCAGAACAAACCUCUUUUGGAUGUCUUUCAGUGGCAGAAGAAUCAGAUGAAGAACAACAACAACGGGCGCAAUGUGACGGAAAAACAGCUUUUUCACGGCACUGACCCAAAAUACGUAGAUGGCAUCUGCCACACCAACUUUGACUGGAGGAUCUGUGGACUCAAUGGAACGGUGUUUGGCCAAGGUAGUUACUUUGCCCGGGACGCCAAGUACUCGCACAGCUACACCGGUGACUCUGACGUCAGGUCCAUGUUCGUGUCUCGGGUGCUGGUGGGAGACUACACCAAAGGGGAGUCCAGCUACCGCCGACCCCCUUCCAAGGACGGAGGGGACAUCAACUUCUACCACAGCUGCGUGGACGACGUUUUGAACCCUUCCAUCUUUGUGGUGUUUGAGAAGCACCAGAUCUACCCCGAGUACCUGCUGCAGUACAGGGCCACGCACCACUCGUUGACAGGUACGCGGCGGUACCCGCGGCCGAGACCGUCUCAGCCCAUGGUGUCGGCCCAAACAACCAGCGCAGCCUCGCUCCGACCCAGCGCCUCAGCUACUCCACCCAGCGCACACUCGUUCCGACCCAGCGCAACCUCGUACGAUUUUAGCACACCGCCUUACUCGACCAGCAGAAGUCAUGCCCCAAAAGCGCCAUCACCUCCGUUGAAGAAAAAUGAUAGCUGCGUGAUUGCUUAGGGAAAACGGCAAAAUAUCAAUUCACCUCAAAGUAGCCAAGCUACUAUACUAAAGCAACUUUUUAAUUUCCCGGGGGAAAAGACUUCUACUAAGUGGGGAGUUGUGUGGGUUUUCCGCCCCCCCGCUGUGGUUAAGUGAAUGUCGGGCAGCAACAGGACGACAAAAUUGCGAGAUUGUAAAACCUAUUUGGAAGCUUUAUGAAAACAUGUAAUUGGGGUUCAUUUUGUUUCCAUCUAACAUGGAAUUUCACUUCAUAGGUGUGUGAUGAAAAAUAAAUUGAGGGAUAUUCAUUUGAAAUCAACGGACAUUUCCUCAGGAUUCAAAUCCUCGUGCUUCUAAUCAGAAAUACAUGCUUCAUAGUUGUUGUUAAAGCCAGAGGUUCUGCUGCGUAGCUCUAACAGCAGAGAGGGAGGCAGCAUCCUGGGCCAAAAUACGCUAUCACACUAAUGGCUUCAUUCAAAUAAGGUUUUGUUGUGCACAUGCGGGCUGUUUGGAAGUUAAAUCCCUUUCGAGUGUGACUAUCUAUAUACAUCAGUGUUUUCCGGAGCUUUUUAUUUUGUGUAUUAAAUCAAUGAAUAAUAAAACUGCA